ACGAAAAAUCUGGAGCAAAUUCGUGGAUGUAAUAAAGAUGCUGUCUCUUCUUCCCCGAAAUUGAAUCGGUAUGAUAAAUGGAUCGACCUUGUGCGUCAAAGGAACGAAGAAGAUGAUAAAACCUCAUUAACUAGUGUAUCAAGCACUGUUCAGGAUAGCAUUUUAAGUACACAAUCGCAAUCAAUACGAUCGAUUUAUGAUAAACAAAAAGAUUUCGAUAGUAAUCAUGUACUGCAACGGUCAAGUGGUGGUCGAGCUUUUAGUUAUCGAAAAAAAAAAGCUUCCCUUGGAAAUGGGAUUUUUAGUGCACCAGCAGGUGUUAAUCCCCAUCACGUUGGUUCCUCGAUUGUUAGACGGAACACAGGUGGUUCUCGACUAAUAUUUAUUUGGCCACAGAAAAUACGUACAAGAGGAAGAUUGUUGACCAUUUUGGCACCAUUAAUGCAUGGUAUUUUGAUUGGUUUAUUAUGUUUGGAUGCUGUUCAUCUUUGGCCUGGUGAAUUCUUACCCACAUCACUUCCUUCAACAACUCCCAUACCUUUGCCACCUGUUAAAUGUAACGUCAUCGAACCAUCCUGGUUCGAUAAUAUUUUAAUAUUAGGCUGCAUAAGCCUUGUUAUUUUCAUUAAAAUAUUAUUUGCGUUAUACAGUGCAUAUAUUUUUCGUAAAACGAUCAAUAAACUUCCAGGACCGAAAGGUAACAUUUUAUUUGGUAGCGGAUCUUCUGCGAGGAGAUUAAAAAAAGAAGAUCGACUAUUGAAAGUACAAAUUUGUUCGGUCAGAUACAAGGAUGGAUUAUUUCGUACUUGGUUGGGAAACGAGGCUACCGUUCAUUUACAUAAACCCGAACACGUUGAAAUAAUUUUACGAAGUACUACGAAUAUUCAGAAGGCACCACUUUAUAAAUAUUUGGAACCGUGGUUAGGAAAAGCAUUGCUAACAGCUUCAGGAAACAAAUGGAUGAGAGACAGAAAAUUGAUUACUCCGGCUUUUCAUUUUAAUAUAUUAGAACAGUACGCAGUGGUGAUGUCUGAGAAAGCCGACAUUUUUGUGAAAUGUCUUGAAAAACAAUUAAAGGAAAAUCCAGAAGAUCCCAUUGAUAUUUUUCCGUAUGCUAAUCGAUGCACUUUAGAUGUUAUAUGCGAAACAGCAAUGGGAGUUAAUAUAAACAUGCAAGAAGAUACUGAAAAUGAAUAUGGCAAGGCCGUUCAUAGAUUUACCGAACUACUGAUGCAUCGCAUAUUUCGUCCUUGGCUCGCGUGGGAUUGGGUUUUCGCUUUAACAAAAGUUGGAAAAGAAUAUUAUGCAGCAAUCAACGUGAUGCAUACAUUUACAAGAAAUGUAAUAAAAAAAAAGAAAAUAGCGCGAGAGUUAAAAGAUAUAAACGAAGAGGUUCAAGCUUUUGACGAGAUAGGUAAACCAAAAAGGAAAGCAUUUCUAGAUCUUUUAUUAGAUGCUAGAGAAAAAGAUGGAAAUCAAAUGACUGAUGAGGAAUUAAGGGAACAAGUGGAUACAGUUAUGUUUGCUGGACACGAUACAACUGCAGCUGCUAUUAGUUGGACACUUUUCUGUCUUGGUAAUAAUCCUGACAUUCAAGAAAAGGUGCAUCAAGAACUCGAUGAUAUUUUUGGCGAUUCGAAUGCAUCAGCUACGACAAAAGAAAUUGCGCAAUUGAAAUAUCUCGAUAGAGUAACCAAAGAAGCCCUCAGGUUGUAUCCCAGUGCACCUGGAUUUUUACGAAAAUUAUCCGAAGACGUAAAGAUAGAUGAUUAUAUCAUUCCCAAAGGCUGCGUUGUUGCUUUAAGUUCUUUUGGUACUCAUCGACAUCCAGAUAUUUGGCCAGAUCCAGAAAAAUUUGAUCCUGAUAGAUUUUUACUUGAAAAUUCAAAGAACAGGCAUCCUUAUGCUUACAUACCAUUCAGUGCAGGACCACGAAAUUGUCUUGGACAAAAAUACGCUCAAUUGGAAGAAAAAUUUGUCCUCGCCGCUAUUUUACGUAAAUGGAAAGUGAAAAGUAUUCUACAAGAAGGCCACAUUAAAUUUUACGGUGCUCUUAUUUUGAGACCAUCCGAUGGAAUUUAUCUACACUUUAUACCAAAGAAAUAAUUAUCUAUACAACGUUAAUAGUGAUUAUCGAAGCAUUUUAAUGAAUUUCCUUUAUUUUUAAAUUAUAAUUACUAGAUACGUAAACAGGUACAUAUUUAAGAAUAUACUUAUAUUUAUUAAGCGUUCAUUCUUACAGUUAGUAUGUAGUAUAAUUUUAAAGCAUGGAUUCGUAUAAUUGUACAUUUUACUAUAAUCUCAUUCUCAGUCAAACAUAAACAUACACAUGAUUUUAAGGACA